AUGUCUGGGGUUGAAACGCCCCCUGGCGGCCACUUAAAGAACAGAGAGCUCAAAUAUCUUGGCCGUUUGCCAACCCAAACGGAGCCAAGCCCCUGGCACGACAUGAAGGUUAUGAUGGUUAGGUUUACAUUGGAUCCGAAGCUCCAGGGUGAUCCAGUCACUUUCGAUAUCAAAAAGGAUCUCACUGCGUGGUUUGAGGGCUUUGGCAGCUCUCACAACAUUGUUGCCCACGAAGAGACCAACAUGAUCUAUGCCGUUGGAACAGGACGCAAUACCCUUUGCGCGGGUGGCUUGUUUAUGAUCGACGUUUCUAACCCUGCCAAAUCUACAUUUCCUGGAUGCGUCAACGAAGACGGAUACGUUCAUGGCGCCCGAUGCGUAAUAUACAAAGGACACACCCACAAGCAAUACAGGAACCUCGAAAUCUGCUUCAACUUCAACGAAGACACCGUCGACGUAACUGACAUGUCCCAAGUCCGUCCAGAUCUCCACAACCCCAUACCAUGGCGCGCCGCCUACAUGCACCAGGGCUGGCUCGCCGAUGAGAAAAUGGAAUACCUGCCCCUCGAUGACCAGCUUAUGAAGCCGACGGCACCAACCGCGGCAAAUCAGGGCACACCACACCACCUACGUCGUCGACCUCAAAAACCUCGCUGCGCCACUCUUCACUGGCUUCUAUCAAUCGCCGGUUAA